AUGACCUUUGAAGCCAGCCUUGAUGACAGAGUGAAGAUCAGUGAGCACACUGGGUCUAGGACCAAGGGUCCUUUGCGUGACCAGGGCCUUUGGUGGGGCUCCAAGACCCUAAAGCCACAGCGAAGAGUAUCAUUUCACAGCACCGAAGAGAUGACCAUCCAGCUCACCCUGAAGGUGGUGAAGUCCAGUGAUGAGGAGCUGACCUUGUUUCUGGUGGAAUUAAGUAACCAGUGGCAGAGGCACUUGCUCCAGGUAUGGAGGUCCAGCUCAGUGAUUCAGGUGAGAAAGAUGAUGGAAGUGUUGACAGCCAUAACCCCAGAGGCCCAGAUUGUGACUUGCAAUGGAAAGAGACUGGAAAAUGGGAAGAGCAUGAUACUCUAUGGCAUCAGAAAGGGCAGUCUCCCUUUUUUGGUGCACUAUUCCAUAGGGAGUUGA